UGCAUAACCCUAAAUCCUGAUUCCUUACCUCCUCAUUUCAUUUCAUCUCAUCUGUGGGUGGUGGCAACCGUCAGCGCAGCUGCUGAGGGAAGCAGAGGGAGCUCGUAGUUUUCACAGCUAUGGCGGUGGCAUUUGCAGUGCCACAGGUCACCGAGAACCUUGAAGGAUGGGGACCUGAUGCGGGCUGCGUGCCAUUGCAGCUGGAGCAUGUGCCGUAUGCGCCUUUCAGUAAGGGUGACCGCGUAGGUCGAGCGUCGGAUUGGACGGGGCAAACUUUCAAGUAUAACAAUGGUCGGUUCAAUGAUCGCAAUAAUACCGGCGGAGCCUCCGUUUUCAACUUCUUUCACAAUGAGGACGAGGAUUCUUUUCAUUUGGUUGACACACGACCCCCUCCUCGACCCAAGUACGGUGGACGCAGAUUUCAGCAGCGAUUCCAGAGGAGAGAUCGGGAUGAAGGCAGGCGUGAUGGUGGUCGCGAUAGUGGUGCUGGUGCUGACAGGGAAAGACAACGCAGAGAAAGAUUGCAGCAGCAAAAGAGAGGACAGUGGAAUGCUUACUGGCAGGACAAAAAUGCCCCUCGUAUUGUUUACAAUAGCUCGGUGGAUAUUCGACCAGAGUGGGCAGUUCUGGAACAGAUUCCUCUUACAGCUCUUUCCAAGUUGAGCUACGAAGUGGGAGAGCCGGAGGACAUUACAACAUGCGGAUCCUUGGAAUAUUAUGACAAAACAUUUGACCGUGUAACACCAAAGACGGAGAAAGCAUUGGAGAGGUUCGAAAACCGCACGUUUUACAAGGUUACAACUACUGAUGAUCCUGUCAUCAGGCGGUUGCUCUUGGAGGACGAGAAUGUGGGUACUGUAUUUGCUACCGAUACUAUUCUGGCCACACUUAUGUGCUCACCUCGCUCAAUGUACUCAUGGGAUAUCGUUAUCCAGAAAGUGGGCAAUAAACUCUUUCUUGACAAGCGUGAUGCUUCCUUCGAUCUCCUCACUGUUUACGAGACUGCACAGGAGCCUAUUCCUGAAGAGAAAGAUAGUAUAAAUUCGGUCCACUCGUUGAGCCAGGAGGCCACAUUUGUUAAUCAGAACUUCUCUCAGCAAGUUUUGCAAAAGGAAGGAAAGAAGUUCGAAUUCAAGGAGCCAAACCCCUUUGCUUCGGAGAAUGAAGAAGUGGCAGCUGUUGCGUACAGAUAUCGGAAGUGGAAAUUGGAUGAGGAAACGACCUUGGUGGCCAGGUGUGAGCUUCACGGUGUGGCAGACGUGAAAGGUUCAGAGAUCCUGUUGACAAUUAAUGCAUUGAACGAGUUCGACUCCAGGAUCACGGGUGUUGAUUGGCGUCAAAAGAUUGAAAAUCAGCGUGGAGCAGUACUCGCAACUGAGCUUAAGAACAAUGCUAACAAGCUGGCCAAGUGGACAGCUCAAGCUCUCUUGUCAGGAGCUGACCAGAUGAAGCUAGGGUAUGUUUCAAGGGUGCAUCCUAAAGACAACUACAACCAUGCGGUGCUCACUAUGCAAGGUUACAAGCCCAAAGAGUUUUCUGGCCAAAUCAAUCUUAAUGUUAACAAUAUGUGGGGCAUUUUGAAGACUGUUGUGGAUAUGUGUAUGAAAUUGGACGAGGGAAAGUAUUUGUUGGUGAAAGACCCCAACAAACCUAUCGUCAGGUUGUACUCUGUUCCGGCAGAUGCUUUUGAAAAUGACUAUGCCGAAGAACCUUUGCCUGAGGAUGAACAACCACCCCCGCCUCCUGUAAAUGACGACAAACCAGAGCUUGCGGAAGAAAAGGACGCAGAUGAGAUUUGAAGUUAUCAUCCUCAUAAGUUAUCGAGAUUUUAUUGCACCUGCAUGAUUUUGAUUUUGUAGGCAAUUCCGCCUUAUACACUUUUUUAGUGCAUGUGGCAGAGACGGCUACCUUCGAGGCUUUAGCCGCGAAGAUUUUGCAUGAAAUGGUUGUAGGAUUUUUUGUAGGUAAUGCGAGUAGAGUCUAACCUCCACAAUAUGUCAUUUCACAACAUGUAUCUCCAUAAUUCGAUAUAUUUUUUUAUGCUACCAAAAGAUCGGUUUAACUAUGAUCAUUUAACGACUACGCUUUAAAAUC